GCCACUCCACUGAGGAAAGGCCCGGCUGCAGGUAACCCUGCCUGUGACAGGUUAGUUCUUGGACGUUGGAAGGUCACGAAGAGGCUUGCAAUGGCAGAGUUUAAGCAUAUUCAGGACUCCAGCAGCGACUCACAGAGCAAUUUUUACUGCAUACUAAAAGAGGAUACGAACACGAGGCCAUCACGCACAAGGAAAGAUUGCUUAUGGAGUAAAGAGUUUUGCUUUCUACUGAUUUGUGGAAUUAUCAUAUUCUUCGUGGCUCUGUUAAUCACAGUCUCUGUAAAGUUGACACACCAGUACAGUAAACUGACUGAGGUAGAGAAUGAAGUGGCCAAUCUGACAUCUUCUGUAGCCUUACUUUCUUCAAACCAUCAAGACUUGAUGAAACACCAAUACAGUAAACAAACUGAGGUAGAGAAGGAAGUGGCCAAUCUGACGUCUUCUGUUGCUUUACUUUCUUCAAACCAACAAGACUUGAUGAAACACCAAUACAGUAAACAAACUGAGGUAGAGAAGGAAGUGGCCAAUCUGACGUCUUCUGUCGCUUUACUUUCUUCAAACCAACAAGACUUGAUGAAACACCAAUACAGUAAACUGACUGAGGUAGAGAAUGAAGUGGCCAAUCUGACGUCGUCUUUAGCUUUACUUUCUUCAAACCAGCAAGACUUGAUGAAACACCAAUACAGUAAACUUACUGAGGAAGAGAAUAAAGUGGCCAAUCUGACGUCUUCUCUCGCUUUGCUUUCGUCAAACCAGCAAGACUUGAUGAAACACCAAUACAGUAAACUGACUGAGGUAGAGAAUGAAGUGGCCAAUCUGACGUCGUCUUUAGCUUUGCUUUCUUCAAAUCAACAAGAUAUACAUGACAGAUUUAUGGAGAUGCUUGGUGAACUGAAAGCAGAUCUGGAGAGCAGAAUAACGAAUUUGACUCGGCAUAAACCUCUUCUGAGCUGUAAAGCUGGGUGGCAACUUUUUCUUUCCAACUGCUAUAAAUUUUCUAGUGAUGAAAAGAACUGGCAAACGGCACGUUCAUCCUGCAGUGGACAGGGCGCCCUGCUGCUCAUCCUGGGGAAGGACUCCAGGGAGUGGGAUUUUAUUGUGCAACACGCUGUCCAGUCAUCUAAAUCCUACUGGAUUGGUCUUACAGAUGCGAUAACUGCCAAUUGGAGAUGGGUUGAUGGAACACCCUACACCAUGAACAGCAGUCAGUGGGAGCCUGGAGAACCAAAUAAUAGCAUGGGAAAUGAGGACUGUGGAGAACUAACCAAAUCUGGGAAACUGAAUGAUGCCCGAUGCUCAAGGAAUUUCAAUUUUAUCUGUAAAGCACCAGCCAGUGAAAACUAACCAAUUAAUGUGGCACUGAAUUGUAAUGGUAUUCAAACAGUACUGAUAUUCUGAGAAAUAUGCAGAAGUGAAAUGGUGGAGGAUUUUUAAAAACAGUAUAUAACAUUGCAUGUACAAGCUGUAAGUCAAAGAUGAAAAUCAGCAAGCAAAGGGGGAAAAAGCAUUUUGGUGUUGCUCAUAUAGUGACAUUAAAGACACAAUGUUUAACCUGCUACUGCAGCAGGACUAUGACAAGUUUAUGCUGGACAGUAGGAGCCCUGGGCAUCUUUCUUGUAGUGUUUUUCAGUAGAAAGGUCUAAUACUGCCUAUUCCAAAAGUGCAUGUGCAAUAAUUGUUAUGGCUCACUGAACAAGCAUGACAUUUUUUAAACCCUUUCCAAUAAAGAUCUGUAAAGCUUAUUUGAAUUUUACAAAAUAUACAGCAUACACCACCUCUAAAUAAAUAUAAAAUAUUUAUUUUCUUAAUGAU